AUGGACAUUAGCGAGGAGAGGUGUCGCUCUUUUCCUAAGCCCGCCUCUCCGGCAAAAAUUUCAGCCUGUGCGAGGGGACGGUUUAGCAGCAGCCAGAUCGGGAGGAAAGCAGUAGACGUGGAAAUGUAGAGUCGCAUCUCGGGUGUCUGGAAUGGGAGCUUGCGGGUUUCGGCGUCGUUUUUGUUUCCCCAGCUGCCCAUAUGAAGAAACGGAGGAAAUGUAGAAUCUAGGAGUUUUGUAAACCUGUGAUUCAGCAGGAGCCUAUCCGGCAAAAACGAAAAGUAGCCUCAAAGGUGGAAGUUCAAUGCUGUCUCUAAGUAAUGCCUCGUUUCUUGUGGAAAAUUGAUUUUUAUUUGAGAAUUCUCUUGGUUUUUAAAUAUCUUUUUUUUUUAAAAAAAGUGCUUUGCAUAUGUAAAUACGAAUGCAGCUCAUUGUCCGCAUACUGCAGUUUAGGCGGCUGUGACUGAGAAAAGAGUCUUAACAAUAGCACUGCAAUGUUGCAACAGCCCUUGUCCCCACAUUGCAAACUGAGGCUAGGAGUGAUUUAUGACAGCACUGAAAUGCGGCCCACUAUUAAUUUUGCAAGUUAGAAGUAGGAUCUGGGGCUGAGAAGUAUAGUUCAGUAGUAUUAUUUAGUCUCUUGGUUGAUUUUUUCUUUUUAAUGUGAAAUGCUGUUUAGGAUAAGGUUACCAGAUAUUUUAAAAUUAAUCCAGGGACACUUUUCAACUUCAGUGGAUUUUGUAUGGGGACUGAUUUGUAAAUCCAGGGACUGUCCCCGGGAAACGGGGACAUCUGAUAACCUUAGUUUAGGAAGAGUAUUGAAUAGCUGAUUGCAGCCUUUACCUUGCAGGGAGAUUUCUCUCCAUCUGCUUUCCCACCUAUGGGAUCUCUGCUUUCCACUUCUGAAAGAAAUAGCUGUGAAUCCAUAAAAAUGGUCCAUCUGGAAAAUGUUAAUCACCCCCUUUCCCAGCACUACUGCUAUAAAACUUAUAGCCCUUCCCCCCACUCAGAUACUCUACCCCACCUCCAAACAUGUUUUAUCAUGUUGUUUUAUUGUGUAUUUAAUAUCCUAUUGGGAGCUGCCCAGAGUGGCUGGGGAAACCCAGCCAGAUGGGCGGGGUAUACAUUAUAAACUAUUAUUAAUAUCAUCAUCAUCAUCACACAGCCAUAGUUUGAGCCUUAAUGGUUAACAGUGCUUUAAAAUCCUGCAGAAAAAAUUAUAAAGCUUUCUGUUAUAAACACCAUUUCAGUUAUAAACACCAUUGACAUCCUUUGACUGGAAUGAAGUGGAUCCUGAUCUGGUGGGUAAGACUGAAAUGCUUAAUUUGGCAGAGCUUUGGUAGUAAAAUGGAUAACAUUGCCAGACAGGAUUUAGUUUGGGUAAUGGCUGUUGGUUGAUCUCUUUUUCAGGAAGCUCAUUUUUAUAUGGGCCUUGAAGGUAAAUAAAGGUUUCCACAGAAGCAUUCCUUCCUGAUAUUCACAAUAAAAGUAAAACUACAGUGGUACCUCGGUUUUUGAACGUCUCCAUUGAUGAACAUUUUGGUUUUCGAAUGCCGUAAAUGCUUCGGUUUUCGAACAUGCCCCAGAAGUCGAACAUGCCACACAGCUUCUGUAUUGAGUUUUCCGCAUUCAGUUUUUGGUUUUCGAACAUUUCAGAACUUGGAACGGUCUUCCGGAAUGGAUUACGUUUGAAAACCAAGGUACCACUAUAUUUAAAUUGUCUGAACCAAAGCCCACCACUUGCAGAAGCAUCAUGCUCCACUAACGAGGGCUUUUAAUGGUUGUGUUCUUCAGCAUGUCACUGAUGCAAUAACAGCGCAUCAGUGGUGGAUUUAUACUGGAGCACAACAAAAAUGAGACAAAACCACCACCCUGGGAUGUUUGUGGUGUGAAAAACUACAGGAUUUCAGCAGGAAGCUACAGGACAUGAUUCUACUUUGGUCUUCCCCUUCUCUUAAGAAAAAACAACUCUUCUCAUUGUUUGCCCCCACCCACAGAGCCCAGACGUAGGGAGCCAUCAGGCCAGAGUAGGUGUCAAAAUAAUCUUUAUUAACAAAGUGUACACUAACACUCCUGAGAAAAAAAAAGAAAAUGCUCACAGUUAUUAUUUUUUUUCCUGCUACUCUCACUGGGAGAUUAAUAUGUUAUUUUGGAUAGGUGGCCUAGGGCCAUUGCAGCAUCUAACUGAGGGGUGAAAAUGAGGUGGGUUUGAGGGGUCAGUUACAAUGAUUCUAUGCAAUGCUAUGGUAUGGGGAUUCAAUUGGGAAAGGCGAAUACACACAUACAAAAAGUGAUCUGUUUGGUUUGUUUCCUUCUUUCCAGGCUUUUCUGAAGUUGUACUUAAACCAGCCUUGCAGAUCUGUACAAAAAAAAAAUAACAGCUCACUUGCACAUACCUGCAUUUUGCAUAGUGGCUCACGCAAAGAACGGCAAGGUACUGUCCAGAAUAACCUUUUACGCUAAGUUGAUGUGCUAACCACAAAACUGGCUGUUCCUGGAAUGUUUUCCAAAGCCAGGUAAAUCUGGAAUGUUGCAAAAGUCUGGGAAAUAUAUUUUCAGAACAGGUUCCCUCCACCCCAGUUUGUUAGAAUAGUGUCACUCAGCCCUCCCUUACAAAUUGGUAGGCAACACAUGAGACAAUUCACCCCGUUAACACAGACCCAAGUGUGUUUGUUGCGUUGCACUAGGGAUUCUACACCUGACUUUACCAGCUCAUUUCAUACAAUGAAGAUGCAGUUGUAUGCAUGCUUUUCUGGGAGUAAGCCCCACCAGACUCUGCAAAACAUAGCUCUGAGUAAACAAAUACAAUCAGGGCUACAGACAACAUAUUAAUAUGUUGGGGUUGGCUGUAGAAUUUGGGGCAGGGCUCAGAGGGGCUGUCAGAAGGCCAGGGACUGCGUCCUUCAGAAGCGAGCCUGAGUACAAACAGCAAGCCCAAAAUCUUGUUGGCAGCCCCGUAUGAAAUUGUGUUACACAUUUUCCCCUUUUAUCCUGCACUUCAUCUGUCAAGGUGUACACUCUCUUUUUUUUCUCAACAGAGAUUUAUGUCCAUGCAAGAAAAAUGUAAUAUAUGAAGUUGCCCUCAAUAUGCACUAGGGCAGAUCAUUAAAUGGUUCGUUAUAUUCCCAUGUACAAAGUUGCAGCAUCGUUUUACUCUUCCUUCCUUACUUCACAGGGUCCUCCUGCACAAUGACUAGAAUCUUCAGACACGAGUUGUAAGUAUCAAAGAAAGACACAAUCAUUCUUGGUCUCCUACAACCCAAGAGAAGGUUAAGUUCUUAGCAGUCUUCUCGUCUUCCUCCAGACAAAAUUUCCUAUUAUUACUUUAUUACAUUAUGGAAGUGCUCCAAUGUCCCGCCAUACUAGUUACCAUUCAAACACUGACAGAGGCAGACCCCAACAGUUAA